AGCAUGGAGUCGUCGCCGGAGCCGUGCACAUUAUUCUCGUCGGCGCCGGUGCAAUAUCUUACGGUGUGGCGCAAGUCGCUGCUGUUCAACGGCCAUGGCUACACGGUGUAUGACGACGCCGACGGAAGCAUCGUCUUCCGCGUCGAAGACUACGCCCACGACUGGCGCCGCCACGCCCUCCUCAUGGACCGCCACGGCAACGUCCUCCUCACCGUUCGCCGCUGCCGUUGCAACCAGAUACUAAACUUGUGGGAGAGUUGGAAAGCCUACAAGGGAGACGAAGAUGCACAGAUGAUCACUAAGGGUGAAAGGCGGAGGCCAUUGUUUAAGGCAACUAAAGACUUGGGGAGUUCUAGUUGCACCAUCUCCAUGUUCACCGAACAAGGAUCACCGAGGUCGUCUUCUUUAGGUUAUCAGAUGAGCUGGUCGCGCACGAAGGAAUGGUUUACGAUAUAUCAAGUUGCUCCAAUAAACACACUCGUAGCUGAGGCAAGUAGAAAAUAUGGAUCAUCGACGCCGAAGAAAUUACUCGACAAAGAUGUUCUAGCACUGAGGGUGUUCCCCGGAAUGGAUCGAGCAUUAGCAAUGGCAAUGAUAAUGAUAACAAAUUCAAUGAGAUAG